CGGCGUAUUGUCGACUUGUUACAAGAAUCAUUUCACAGGUUGUUUUUAUGGUUUUCUUGCGGCUGACGUACCACUACCUUGACUCGUCUCAGGCUCAUUAUACUAAAGUUUCAAAGUGUAUUCUUGAUCUUAAAAACUAGUUCGACCUAUUCAUGUUGUAGUACUUGAUGAAAAAGAAGAGUGUAGACCCAAAAAACAUGUUUCAUGCAGCAACACUGAAGCGUCCUGCUUCUACAACAGAAAGUGGCGACGCAGGGAUACCUGGUGCCAAACGCGGCAAUACCACGACUGGCGUCAACAAUGCUGUAUCUUCUUGGCGAAGUUGGUACCACGACAGUGUCCAUAUAUGGGGUGAGCCCUUUGCCUUGGACACGACUCGCCUGAAAGAUCACCAGGCUCCUGGGACGACGGAGACAAGAACUGAAGAUGUUCUUUUAGCCAAGCCAAAAAUUGGCUUGGCUUGUUUUGACUUAGACAGUACAUUGAUCAAGACGAGGAGCGGGAGAGUUUUCCCGAAGGAUAAGACAGACUGGCAGUGGCUAGGCCCAAUGGUUCCGAGAAGAUUGAACCAGUUAGCAUCAGGCGACGCACCGGAUGCGGCUGGAGUGAAGUUCAGGAUAUGGAUCUUCACGAACCAGGGUGGCCUAGGUAAAGGAGGUAAUUUAAAACAGAAGAUAGCAGAUUGGCGUUUCAAAAUCGACGCGAUCAUCAGGCAGUUAGCAGAAGAAACCAGGCGUAGCGUGCUAAUAGUGUGCGCAACAGGCGAGAAUUGGUGUAGAAAACCAGGUUUGGGUGCAUGGGAAUACGUGUUCUCAAAUGUUAGGGAAAGAGGCGGACGCUGAAUUUUCUGAAAAUUACUGAUCUGGGAAAAUGACCACUACUGGUAAGCUACUUUAAGCAUCACGUAGAGGUACUAGGUUUGUUCGGGUAAAAAGUUACAUUACUAGUCUUGGACUUCUACACUCCUAUUCAAGAUCAAGAAUGUAAACCCUUUUCUAUGUAUAAUUUCCUCGUUCUUAUUUGUCCUACUUGUGAAUUUUCCUCAUCGAUCUUCCUUCUUUCAUAUCACGCGAGACCACAGCCACUACUUCAUCCUCAUCCUCUGCCGCAAAAUCUUCGAGUCAUCAACGCGUAGAUUGGAAAGCUAGUUUUUACGUUGGUGAUGCGGCAGGGAGACCGGCGAAGGAGGGCGUACGAAAGAAGGACUUCUCGGUGAGUGACUUGAAGUUUGCUUUUAACACUGGCUUGCGAUUUUUCACGCCCGAACAGUACUUUUAAGAGACGAGAUAAGAUUCAUCUUGACAGUUCGUUGCUACUGCGUAGUCUAAGUUGUAAUCUAUUGAGCACAGGAGCUCUCCAGAGUCUGAUUUUUCUUCCCAGAUGAAGAAGAAAUCGAAAAGAAAAGUGACCGAGAUUUUGAUGACAAGGAAGACAGAGCGCGACCACGAGAAUCAAGGUCCUUUACGUAGAUCGCGUACUGACCGAACCCUCUAAUUCCGCUUACAAGCUGAAAAGAACAUCGACUGGACAGCAGAAUUCUUGCGGAUCGGUGCCUUUAACCCGAGGACCCUCUUUGGCGGAGGUGGACAUCAUGGAAAGGAUAUUUUUAGAGAUGGACCGCCUCCUAAAAUUGAAGAGGAGUUUGCUGUAUUGAAGAAGCGGAUUGGGGAAACAGGUAUACGCGCUGGUGAAGAGCACCUUCUUGACCGAGAAGAUGCGGAAUGCUCUAAAGAGCCAGCUGUAUCUUCCGAGCUGGUCCUCCUGAUCGGUCCUCCAGGUUCAGGUAAAUCGACGAUCUCAAAGGAGCUUUUUCCCAGCUAUUUCUGUGCGAGUCAAGACAAACUAGGAUCUAAAGAGGCAGUUUUGCGAGCUGUGGAAACGGCGCUCAAUGUUAUGCCGAGGACUAAUCAUCACGAAGUACUUAGAAAUAUUUUUAGAAAAGUUAUUUGUUGUUGAAUGAUGAUGUUUUUAAGAACUACGGUCGUGCUGGAGAUUUCUAAUCCCAAGAAGAAAAGCGUCGUGGUCGACAAUCAGAAUAGGGACAAAGCAACACGCGCAGCCUACUUCGACUUACUCAAAAAAGUUAAGAACGUCAAUGUGAGAGUGCGCGCACUUCAUUUGGAGAUACCAAAAGAGGUUGCUAUACACUUGAACCUCGUGCGGACGCGCUGCAAAGAAAAAGCCAUUCCAGAAGUGGUGAUACAUUCUUAUGGGGUUUGCAUGUUGAGUGUUUUACUUGUCUUGUUUGCAUCAUGCUGUUAUGUUGCAUCGAGAAAGCAGAUUACGGCUACUGCUGGUGCUCCAUUCCAGAGGUAUAACUAGAUGGAGAUGAUACUGAUCCAUUCUUCUAUGAAAAAAUUAGGCACCUCUAUGUUGCGGUGCUCCUUCUUUCUACAUGGUACCUACAUGCACGCGGCAAACCUCUAGCAUUUUUUCGAACUCCUCUAAUCUCAUUAUUACAAGAACAUGCAGGCCCCUCAAGAAGAUGAACCUUUCGCAGAGGUAUCAAAAUACACCAUCGAGGAUAUGGGAGUGGUGGCGAGAAGAAUCGGGCUCAGAGACGAUGAAGAAGAAGAUGCUAAGAACAAAACUGGCAAUUCCUCCUCAGAGGUCCCCGUGUCUUUGUCCACGGUAGUCCCUAACAAAAAAAGAAUGUUAGCUCUGUUUCAAUGAUGAUAUGACAUCAUUGAGAUUUCUGCGUCCACAAGAAGAAGACCAGGAAAUAAGAAAAAACGUCCUGUGGGUGUGGGGAGCAGGUAUUACUAGUAGGCUGUGCGCCUGCUCGUUGUCUAGACAGCACGCACCAGAGAGGCAACAAGUAUUGAUGUCCUAU